AUGCACGACGAGGCCGACAUGGUGUCGGCAGUGUUCGACCGCGACGCAUGUCGGGGCUUAUCUGGUGGCGGCGGCGGUCGCCGGCGAUCUAGUGGCGGCAGGGAUCGGCGAUUCUGCCGCUGGAUGUCGUGUGCUCGUGAUGCGGGGUGUCUGCUCGAUGGGUAUUUUUUACAAGGAGUGGUAAAAGGUACCGUAAAACAAGUCACUGAGGGAAGGAGUUUCAACACAAAACCUGGUGAUAACGUGGUUCAGAAUGGCUCUUCAAAGCCUGAAAGAGAGCCAGGGAACUCAUCGAACAAAAGAUCAGGUAAAGUCGAGGACAAUGGUCACAAGGAUGGAGGCCCCGAAGAUCUAAGGACAAGGAAAGAUCUAAGGAUGGAGGCCCCGAAGCAUCCUACGAGUACUCUGUGAGGGUCGUCAGGUGGCUGGAGUGUGAGGGCUAUAUUGAGAGCAACUUCAGAGUGAAGUUUUUGACGUGGUACAGCUAUAUGUACAUCGUCCUAAAAUUGUCACCCUUUCUUCCCAUUAUAACCACAAAGACUACUACGUAAGCUCCUGGUCUGAUGAAAAAGAACCUCC